AUGGAGAGCGAGCGCGACAUGUACCGCCAGUUCCAGGACUGGUGCCUUAGGACUUACGGGGACUCAGGCAAGACCAAGACGGUGACCCGUAAAAAAUACGAGCGGAUCGUCCAGCUCCUCAAUGGCUCCGAGUCGAGCUCCACGGACAACGCCAAAUUUAAAUUCUGGGUCAAAUCGAAGGGCUUCCAGCUGGGCCAGCCCGACGAGGUCCGCGGGGGAGGCGGCGGCGCCAAGCAAGUGCUCUACGUGCCUGUCAAGACCACGUCAGGUAGUGAUGGCGUAGGGGUGGAUGAGAAGCUGUCCUUACGGCGGGUAGCUGUGGUGGAAGAUUUCUUUGACAUUAUCUAUUCAAUGCAUGUGGAAACAGGGCCAAAUGGAGAACAAAUUCGGAAACAUGCUGGACAAAAGAGAACUUACAAAGCAAUUUCAGAGAGCUAUGCCUUCCUACCAAGAGAAGCGGUGACACGAUUUCUAAUGAGCUGCUCAGAGUGCCAGAAAAGAAUGCAUUUAAACCCAGAUGGAACAGAUCAUAAAGAUAAUGGAAAACCUCCCACGUUGGUGACCAGUAUGAUUGACUACAACAUGCCAAUCACCAUGGCAUAUAUGAAGCACAUGAAACUGAAGCUGCUAAACUCACAGCAAGAUGAGGAUGAAAGUUCAAUAGAAAGUGAUGAAUUUGAUAUGAGUGAUUCAACACGGAUGUCCGCUGUGAACUCUGAUCUUAGCUCCAAUCUUGAGGAAAGAAUGCCGAGUCCGCAGACUCUUCCUGGCCAGCAAGAUGAUGAUUCUGCUGCAGAGAGCUUUAAUGGCAAUGAGACUCUGGGGCACAGUUCAAUUGCUUCAGGGGGAACACACAGCAGGGAGAUGGGAGACUCCAACAGUGAGGGCAAAACAGGGCUGGAGCAGGACGAGCAGCCACUGAACCUGAGUGACAGUCCCCUCUCUGCGCAGCUGACUUCAGAAUACAGAAUAGAUGAUCACAGCAGUAAUGGAAAAAACAAAUAUAAGAAUCUUCUAAUUUCUGACCUCAAGAUGGAACGAGAGGCAAGAGAAAAUGGAAGCAAGUCUCCUGCACAUAGUUACUCAAGCUAUGACUCUGGCAAAAAUGAGAGCGUGGACAGAGGUGCUGAGGACCUAUCACUAAACAGGGGAGAUGAGGACGAAGAUGACCACGAUGACCAUGAUGAUUCUGAGAAAGUUAACGAGACAGAUGGCGUUGAAGCCGAGCGACUGAAAGCCUUUAAUAUGUUUGUCAGGCUGUUUGUAGAUGAAAACUUGGACCGAAUGGUCCCAAUCUCUAAGCAGCCCAAAGAAAAGAUCCAGGCUAUCAUUGACUCAUGCAGGCGACAAUUCCCUGAGUAUCAAGAGCGUGCCAGGAAACGUAUACGUACUUACCUCAAGUCCUGCAGGCGGAUGAAAAGAAGUGGUUUUGAGAUGUCUCGACCUAUUCCUUCCCACCUUACUUCAGCAGUUGCAGAGAGUAUCUUGGCUUCAGCCUGUGAGAGUGAGAGUAGAAAUGCCGCCAAGAGGAUGCGUCUGGAUAGACAACAGGAGGAGUCUGCUCCAGCUGACAAACAAUGUAAACCAGAGGCAGCACAGGCCACUUACUCAACAUCAGCUGUUCCAGGCUCACAGGAGGUGCUGUACAUCAACGGAAAUGGGACCUACAGUUACCAUAGUUACAGAGGGCUAGGAGGGGGACUGCUAAAUCUGAAUGAUGCUUCCAGUAGUGGACCCACCGAUCUCAGCAUGAAGAGGCAACUGGCAACUAGCUCAGGAUCCUCCAGCAGUUCAAGUUCCCGACCCCAGCUGAGUCCAACUGAAAUCAAUGCCGUGAGACAGCUUGUUGCAGGAUAUCGAGAAUCAGCUGCAUUUUUAUUGCGUUCUGCAGAUGAACUGGAAAAUCUCAUUUUACAACAGAACUGA